AUGCGCCUUUUACAACUCGGCCAUUACCCUAGCUUCAGCCUGGCCGAAUUUACUGAAGAUGAGAUUCCUCCCUACGCCAUACUCUCGCACACCUGGGGCCCUGACGGCGAUGAAGUCACGUACAAAGACAUCAUAGAUGGCACUGGAAGUGGCAAGGCCGGCUAUGAUAAGCUCCGUUUCUGCGCAGUCCAAGCCAAGAAUGACGGGCUGGGCUACUGCUGGAUAGACACCUGUUGUAUUGACAAGACAAAUGCCGCCGAGCUUACCGAAAGUAUCAACUCUAUGUUUCGGUGGUACCAGAAUGCCAUCAAAUGCUAUGUUUUCCUCGCAGAUGUCUCGAUUCCUGGAGGCGAGGACGACAGAGACUCCCUGCUGCGGAAAAGUCGGUGGUUCACUCGAGGCUGGACGCUACAAGAGCUUAUUGCUCCUCAAUGCGUCGAAUUUUUCUCACGAAAGCGUGAGCGGCUUAGAGACAGAAAGUCGCUAGAAAAGCAGAUUCACCAGGUUGCGGGCAUUUCUGUUCAUGCGCUUCGAGGGGAGCCGCUAUCUCGCUUUACGAUCGAUGAGCGUAUGUCAUGGGCGGCAAACAGAAUAACUAAGCGCCCCGAAGACAAGGUUUACUCUCUGCUAGGAAUUUUUGAUAUUCAUAUGGAAGCUAUCUACGGCGAGGGCGAGCAUCAUGCAUCUAGGCGGCUCCUGAGGGAGCUCGAGAGGUAUUCAGGAAACCACCAGCUCAAGAUGCUGUUCAGCAAGCAUCGUACCGCGAAGCUUGCGAUUACUGGUCUCGGAGGCGUGGGAAAAACCCAGCUGGUCAUCGAACUGCUGUACCGCGUCGCUGACAAGCCAAACCACUGCUCGAUUAUCUGGAUUUCUGCAGUCAACAUGGAAAGCCUGCACCAAUCUAACCUAGACGUUGCCCGGCAGCUUGGUAUACCUGGGUGUAAAGACGACAAGGCGGACGUGAAGAGACUGGUGCAAGCACAUCUUAGUAAAGAAAGCACAGGACAGUGGCUGUUAGUGUUCGACAAGGCCGACACCAUCGACAUGUGGAUUGCUAAGGCUGAACCUGGGCUACAGUCUGGGCAGGGAGCGCACCCUUUGAUCGACUACCUCCCGAAGAGCAAGCAAGGAGCCAUUGUAUUCACGACGCGCGAUAGGAAGAUAGCAGUCAAGCUCGCGCAAAAGAACGUGGUGGACGUUCCGGAGAUGGGAGAAGACGCGGCUGCCCAACUGCUAGGGAAGUGCCUAGUCAAUGCGGAUCUCGCUAAAAGUUGGCAAGAGACAAGUGCACUACUUUUGCAGCUCACCUACCUUCCGUUAGCCAUUAUACAGGCAGCGGCGUACAUUAACGAGAAUGCGAUAUCACUCGCAGACUAUCUUUCGCUUCUGGCCGAACAAGAAGAGGAGGUGAUUGAUCUUCUCAGCGAGGAGUUUGAAGCCGACGGGAGGUAUCGUGACAUUAAGAAUCCGGUAGCCACAACAUGGCUGAUUUCGUUUGAUCAAAUCCAGCAGCGCGAUCGGCUGGCGGCCAAUUACUUGUCGUUCAUGGCCUGUAUAGAGCCAAAGGACAUUCCGCAGUCUCUUCUUCCGCCAGGGGCGUCGCGGAAGAAGGAAGUAGAUGCAAUCGGAACACUUACUGCGUAUUCGUUUGUUAUUAAGCGACCGGUCGAUAAGUGCCUCGAUCUCCAUCGGCUGGUGCAUUUAGCAACGCGGAAUUGGCUACGAAAGGAAGAAUUGCUCGCGCAGUCGACGGAGCGAGCUAUUUUGCGACUCGGGGAAGUGUUCCCGGACUACGAACACUAUAACAGGACGGUGUGGAGAAAGUAUCUAGCACACGCUAGCUACGCGUUGGAAGGCGAUAUCGCCGGUGAAGAUAACAAGGCUAGAACUAGUUUGCUAUGGAAAAUGGGGAUGUGUCUAUACCAGGAGGGGCGUUGGAAUGAGGCGGAGAGGGCGUUCGUGCAAGUGAUGGAGACUUGCAAGAAGGUGCUUGGGCAGGAGCAUCCAGACACGCUGGCCAACAUGGCCAACCUGGCGUCGACGUACAGGAACAAAGGCCGGUGGGACGAGGCCGAAGAGCUGGAAGUGCAAGUGAUGGAGAUGAGCAAGAGGGUGCUUGGGCCGGAGCAUCCAGACACGCUGAGCAGCAUGAACAAUCUAUCCUCCAUGUGGAAAGCUAUCGGAAAGCAGCCCGAGGCUCUCAAGUUAAUAGACGAGUGUGUACAGCUGAGUAAGCGGGUUUUAGGUGUCAAACAUCCUUACUUUCUUACCUAUUCUGCGACGUUGAGAGCGUGCCGAUUAGAAAGUAAAGGCUGAUGCUUUGUUAGGAGGAGGAUAUUAGAUUUCGCUAGUCACCUAGAUUCUAACUAGCUUGUAUUGUUGGCAGGAGUUUAUUCACUUGGAUCACGUGCUGUUUUUCCGUUUGAAUUUAGGCAGCUCAAGGCGCUCCUCUAGCAUCUUAUGGAGGCACGAAUGGGGCACACAGCUGGCAACUCACGCGCGCCAAAAAUAGCCAGCACGUGACUAUUCAUAGAUGUCUCUACAAGAGGGCCGCAUUUAGGCAUAGCGUAAAAUACAAUACAGCUACGGUCCAUCCCUGGGUGGCGAGAAACCCGGCGUGG